AUGUCAAAGUCACAAUUUCUGCAAGAAUAUAAGCUCGUUGUCGUCGGCGGUGGUGGUGUGGGAAAAUCGGCCCUGACUAUCCAGCUGAUCCAGAGUCAUUUCGUCGAUGAGUACGAUCCAACGAUUGAAGAUUCCUACCGUAAGCAGUGCGGAAUCGAUGGUGAAGUUGCUCUUCUGGAUGUUCUCGAUACAGCCGGUCAAGAAGAGUACUCGGCCAUGCGCGAACAAUACAUGCGUGCCGGUCAGGGAUUUCUGCUUGUCUACUCCAUAACUUCCCGGUCGUCGUUUGAAGAGAUUACCUCGUUCCAGCAGCAGAUUCUGAGAGUCAAGGAUAAGGACUACUUUCCCAUCAUAGUCGUUGGAAACAAGUGCGAUCUCGAGACCGAACGGCAAGUAUCACAGCAAGAGGGCAAACAAUUAGCAAAGCAGUUCCAGUGCGGUUUCAUCGAGACCUCAGCCAAGCAGCGCAUAAACGUUGACGAAGCUUUCUACAACCUUGUCCGCGAAAUCAGACGAUAUAACCGAGAACAGAACGCCGGUAGUCCAAGUCCUGCGGCUCCUGGUGCGAACGGCGCUGCCGCUCGUCAAUCCACGAGUGCCGCUGCCGAACGACGGAACAGCAGCGGUGGGUGCUGCGUUCUUAUGUGA